CGCCAGUAAACAUGUCGUCGAUUUGUUGCCAAGAAGAGGACAACAACAGAAAAACCCGCCAUUAAAACUACGAAAAUCUUUGCUUAAUACCCAUUAAUCCAUGAAUUACUGGUCAAAMAUGCUACACUGGCGAACCUUGGUGGAUAUACCUGGCGAAUGAUGACUGUACAGCAUGAUAAAAGGUGCAUAUUCAGAUAAAUACAAGGCUGUAGAGAAUGAACAAGUAGAAAGACUGAGAGAAAAAGCCAGACUAGAGGGAAAGAAUAUACAAGACAGGGUAAAAGAAUUGUCUAAGGAAACCAAUAGAAGACGAAGGGCUUUAGAAAAUAAAAAGAAGCAAUUAGAGGAAGAAGARGAGAAACAGAGGGAAGAGCUUCUUGCAGAACGACGCAAGCUUAAGGAAGAAGCAACACAGAAGUUCCAAAAGGAAGCACUGCACAAAAAGAAGACACGACCAAACAGUGGGAAAGAAUCAUCACCAACAGGUUCUCCACAAUUAAAAGAUGGUGUUAGAAUAGUCCGAGGUCACAUUUUAGAAAUCAAGGAUGGUCAACAGAUAACACGAGCUGCACCAACACUAGAAGAUGCACUCAAACUAGUAAACAGCCCCUAUCAGGACCUUGAGGACCAUGAAAUACAGUAUUAUGGACCCAAGGACAUGUACCAAGAUCUUGGUGAUGACCAUACCAAAAUAGGGACCUUGAGUGCCCCAAUCAUGAAUCAGGGCCAAAUUGGAACAUCAGGGGUGCAGAAUCCAUACUAUGAAAGUGAUUUAUCAAUAUCUUCCAGUAACUAUGGUAACCAAGGWAAUAAUAAUUACCAAGGCAACAAUGGAUAUGCCUUUGACCACGAGGAACAGCUCAGAUUACGUGAAAGUGCCCUCCAAAAUGGAGGUCCAAAAUUUGCCUUUAUGAAUGAGGAGUGGACAGAUGGAGCAUUGCCUAAGACUAUGGGCAGCCAUUCCCCUACAGGAAGUCUAACCAGUCUUGAUAGCCUAGAUGAGGUACCAUCUGACAACUUAGUGACUAAAGACACACCCUGCUCCGCUCCUCUGGUCACUGGGAUAAUAGUGAAAGAUAGCAGGACAAAGUCAGUCUCAAGAAGACGUGUGACUUUUUCUGACAGCAUUGAGUUUGACGACGGUCUUACUGGUCAGCUGGUGACUGCAGAGAAGGACAGCUGUAAGCAAUAUGUCAAAUUGUAUAACAAUAGAAUUGCAGCAAAUAAUGCUUAUAAUGCAAGCAUGAGCCAAGCCCACAGACCAACUGCACCUGUCGUCAAGGGAGUACAUAGUGGAGGAGUGGUUGAAACACCAGGUAGUACCCCAAUGAAAAGUAAUGGAUCCCCCUCUAGUGUGUCUCUGCAGUCUGGAAGUAGUGCGAGCAUGAUUGUUCCAAAGUCCAUCUAUUCUCAGAUACCGUUUUCUGUGAAUAAAACCGUUGCUACMACUGGAGAGGUGACUAGUUCCUCUAUGACUCACACGGACCAUCCUAUGCAAUGUAUAGCUCAACCGGAGCCUACAUCACCUAGUGCACCAAGACCUCCAGGUCAGUACGGCACGAGCAGCCUGGGCACUAGGGAGAUGGAAUCUCAAAGCAAAAAAGRAGRCGAAGAACAGGACAGUAGAAUCCUAGAGGUGAAAGACAGUUUAGAUAUUGUACGAGAUAGUCUGGACUACACCCAAGAAAGGGUUAGACCAGAGCAUGCAACACAAGAAGACGACAAUGAUUCUCUUAGAGAAGGAGCGAUGUAUGAAGGUGACGCUCCCGAGGGGUCAAAUAAGGAAUGCUGUAAAGACUUUGAGCCCGCAGUCCGUAARAUUAGUCAGGAAGAGUUCCAUCAUGUUGAUUACUAUGGCAACCCUAUCAACAUCUACCGCAAUCCUUUUGGACAAAAGAUCAGCACUGAAGAAGCGAGUCAGACUUUUAAUACCACUACAGCUAACAUAGCUGCUAGUAGCUCAUCCACACUACUUACAACAACUUCAGGUAGUACGCAUGCGCACGCAUCAAAUUCUACUGGACAGAACAAAAGCACAGGUCACAGUGGUGACUAUGAACAGGAUAGCACACAAGGAAAAGUAUCUAAGAGUACAAAUAGGGAGUCUAUACCACCCGAUAUUGAUUCAAUAGCAAAGAAUUCAGCAUACUAUCGUAGUUGGUAUCCUGGGAGUUUCUUCCCUUCAAAACCUGACGAACAAGGUAGAGACAGGAAUUUGAAUGACGAUGACGAUGAGGUGUUUGAAAAGGCUGGAUAUACUAAAAAGAACAACAGUGUUGCUUUUAUUGUUAUGGAUGAGCCUCCUAAGCCAAGAAAAAACAUGGAUUCGCGACCAAUGAAUGAGAGAAAUGAACAAGGUACGAGAACAGACAGUUACACCGGUAAUGUCAAAGAAACACCYAACAGAGAUCGGUAUGGUACUGGGUAUGUUUUAACAAACCCACAAGCCCCAUAUACAACCAGUGACUUGAAAAGAACGGAGAGUAUACAAUCCAAGGGACAUCUUAGCAGUGAUACUAGAACUACUUUCAAAGAAAGUAAUAAUAGUAGUAAUAUAAAUAAGGCACAGAAAGAUCAUUCGCCAGGUGUUCAGGCGAUGGCAGCAAAGCCCCCACACCCCAGCACGAGGCACAAGGGUGUAGUUUAUAGUAGCCCGCUACACCGAAAGAGAGCGGCUGCUGCCAUAAGACAUCAUUCGGGGAAGACUUCACCGCGAGGUGUAGGAAGAAAAACUAACCGUACUGUCAUCAAGAAGAAAGAAGGCCCACAUGAAAGAAAUAUUAGAGAUCAGAAAAACCUGAUCAAGAAUGGCAGGAAAARUGGGAUAAAGGAAGCCGCUGGGGUAGAAAAUGAUGAUGAUGAUGAUGAGAUGAUUCAAAGCAUCAAGCGGGAUAUGGAGCAAAUYAGCAUGCGAUGUAACUCAAGCACAGCCCAAGAGGAACAUCAGAAUAUUAUCAGGAGCAUCAAUCUGGGAGGACAUCUUGCACAGGAGCAAACUGACUCAAAUCCAAACGACGAUUACAAUAAAAGUGACAUUAGAACUGUGUACAAGAAAGUCCAUCAACCUAGAGUAGGGUCCGCUAAGUCAAGGGGCCAAAAGGUGACGCCUAGUAAGGCCCCRCCCUCAAGAAUCCCUACCUAUGUAGGAACAUCAAGUAAUGGGCCAUCUAGGGCUGGUGAGGAGAGAAAAGAGGAUGGUAGUAGUAUUAGGACCAAUMCUGUUUUCCAUGCAACCCCAACGUGGUCGGCAGAGCAGUGCUUGUCCACAUAUGGUAAUGAGCUUCAUCAUCCUCAAACAACGACUCUUAGACGAUCAAUAUCACUGGAUAAAACACCGACAGAUGACGAGAUUAAUAUCCUGUGGGACCGAGUCCGAACCUGCUUGCACCACAAAGAUACACAGUCUGUAGGCUCAGAUUCCUGUGUAAAUAGAAUCGACGUACGCCGAUCUCAGGCAAAACAGUUUCUUCCUCAAGGGGCCCAAGAUAACACUCUGAGGGACCCCGAACCUUCCCGUGAUAGAUCGUCCUCKAUAGCUGGCAUGGGUACGGUAGGAGGUCUGCGUCGAUAUGGCUCGCAUGAGGUGUUAAGAAGAUAUGGAUCUGCUGAUAACCUGGGGUAUCGACAGCAACCAUUGCUACAACACCGUGCUCUUAGAACAAGACAGUCGGGACAAGGGAAGCCACCCAUAGUACCUCGACAACAAAUGAACAUUACUCCCAUGACGAGYAGACAAAACCCUUCUGUCAGUCUUUCCACUAGAGGUGCUCCUAUUCCUUUGACCCAGACGGAACUACGAGCCGUCAUGAAAGCGUCUCAGCAGACACAGGAACAUCUGUUUAGACAACACUAUGAGACAACUCCCGAACAAACACAGGCUCACCAACUCUUUAAUAAUGCCAAAAAAGCACCAAGUGCACUUUCAAUAGAAGAAAACAAGCUACUAGAAUCACUUGAUCGUCUGAAUGAAAGAUUGAAGGUUCAAGAGGCCAUUACAGCAAAUCUGACUCCCAAGAGAACUCAUUCAGCUAAUCCCUCGACGCAUCCACGACCAACAUCCAAGCAGCGAGCAUCUUCCUCGACUUACAGAUACAAAUAGUGCAAGCUCUUGUCAUACAGCAGAGUUAUAAAAUGCAAUAAUUGAUCGUGGUUUUCAUGGUGUAACCAUAGUACAUGAUGACAGGCCAUUGGUCAAUAACGAUAAACCCUAUAGUAAGCGCUGGUAUAUUGGSUUUAGUGAAUCCACUGAUUCCAAUAGUUGAAUUGGUUUAUAUAAACCUGAAGAAAGCCAGACCCUUGUUUUGAGAUUUAGAAUGUAUUUAACGUGAUAAAGUUAAAUGCCCUUUAUUUAUGUGUAUUGUUGUACAUGAUGAAAGUACAACAUGACGUGGGUGUUAUAUAUUGAAAUAAUAUAGGUAUGUUGUUUGGUACGAAGUUUUACCAAGCGGCCUCGGACAUUCCCAGCAAGCCCUGGGAUGACUGUGCAAGUACAUGAGAGUGAAUGGAAGAUUAUUAAAAAUGUAAAAAACGC